AGCUGCGGGGGAAGAGAGUGGAGAUGAUCGAGGGUUCCUGCUAACAGGAACAGCCUGCUGUUGUACUUACUAUAUUUACAUCAGAUGGGACUUGAUAUGCAACCGGUUUCCCUCCUCUUCCUGUGACUAUUGGGUUCGUUAUUUAUCUAACAAGUGCAGAAAGAUGGUUUGAAGGGAACAGAGCAAACCUCCAAAGUGAAAGUCAACUGGGAACUUGAUAGUGCGUCUGUACUGGUUGAAGAGGGAAAUGAAAUUCCUCCUUCCAUCUCUGAGUCAUCUGUAAUCGAGGAACUCACACCAGCUGAUAAUCAUGAAUGCCUCAUCAUUUGCCAACAACACCCAACUAUGCUACUCCAUCAACAGCCCUCCAUUCAGGCCCAUCCCCAACGCCUCGGCCUACUUCUCAUCCAUCUUCAGCGCCUUGGGUCUCACAUCAAAUUUCAUCGCCUUCGUAGUUCUACUCAAGUCCUUCCAGCGGACACACAGCCGCUCGCGCACCUUCUUCAUGAUCUUCCUGGGUGGCCUGGUGGUUACUGACUUCAUGGGUCUUCUGGUCACCGGGUCCAUCGUGGUUUCAUACCACAUCACUCACUUUAAUUGGCGCAACUUAGAUCCAAACUGCCACUUAUGCAACUUCAUGGGUAUGUCUAUGGUCUUCUAUGGACUGUGCCCACUGAUGCUUGGUGCUGCCAUGGCCAUAGAGCGCUUCAUUGGCAUCAACCACCCAUUUGCACACUCCACCAGCAUGCCCAAGUGCCGGACAGUGUUCAUGGUGCUGAUGGUGUGGUUGAUCGCAGGCUGCAUAGCUUUGCUGCCCCUAAUUGGCAUUGGGAGCUACCACAUGCAGAUACCUGGAUCCUGGUGUUUUUUCAACAUCAGCUCUAAGGGGAAUGAUUUUGCCUUCUCCCUGAUCUUCUCUCUGCUCGGGUUGAUGAGCAUCACUGUGUCAUUUUUGCUAAACACGGUGAGCAUUGUGACGCUAAUCAAGGUGUGCUGCCGACAGGGUAAGAACCAGCGCCGCAGAGAUGACGAAAUAGAGAUGAUGGUUCAGCUCAUCCUCAUCAUGGUCAUCGCUUCCAACUGCUGGUGCCCCCUUCUGGUCUUUAUUGCACAAACUGUGCUGUCCGGACGUCCUCUCCAGAUCAAAUACCUACUGCUGUGGCUCCGCUUCGCCACCUUCAACCAGAUCCUGGAUCCCUGGGUCUACAUCCUGUUCCGAAGAGCCAUACUUAAAAGAGUCGCCCCCCGCCUCGACUGGUCUCGCAACUCCAUCGUGUCUUUGUCUUCUUUUGGCGACACCGUCCGAAGGUUUACCCGCUCCUCACUACGGAGCACCAUGAACCAGGAAACCGCAGGAGACCGGCGGAAAUCUAACCUCCCACCUCCUUCUCCGUAAUUGUUUGGAUUUGGGCUUUUGCGGCAAGCUGAGUGAUAUUGUUGUGGAAACUGGAGGUGUUUGACGGUGUUUUCAAGCUCUGUGACCAAAAUACCAAUACUGUGACCAAAAUAAGAAGCAGAUUAUGAACAAUUUGUUAUUUUUUUGCAUAGCACUGAAAGCUUUAGCAGUAUUAGCAAUGACACUUUAAUUUAGAGCAGUUUAUAGAAUACAACAGUGGCUGAUUGGAAACGUAUACUUCAGGUUUAAAAGAUGGAUACAAUCGGUCUCUGUAACCACAGAGAUGCACUGCUCAUUCUGGUGUACUGCUCCAUCAGAUGUGUAUUGUGAUAUAUGAGGUUUGAACAAUAUACUUUUUCUUGUAGGAUAUUAUAUAUCUUAAGCUUGUACUUUGCUCAGUUGCUCUUGAGUGUCCCAUACAUUUGAGGAAUAGGUAUUUAGCUAUGAUUUAAGGUUCAUGCUAAAGUGUGUAUUCGUGUUUUGUUCCUUUUCUGAAAGUAUUUACCCUUAAACUGUUUGGAGACAACUUUGUAUGUUGAAGGAACAGUGACGGUGGAACAGUUGAUCCCCAGAGCAUCCAACAAUGAUCCUAAUCUUGGAGAAAAUAGUUUUGACUAAAUUGAAAUUUAGCUUAGGCCCCCUAAGAACUGUAUUCUUAAUAUAAUACUUUUUCUGAUGAUUCACAUUAUUCAAACCAAACUUUACAGAUCUUGUAAUGAUCACUUGUAAUUUUUCUGUAGAUUUGAAUAAGAUCCUCUGGUUCAGUCAUGCAUGUCAUUAAUGGCCACAUUAAUGUUUGGCAGAAUAGAAAUAACUGCAGAAUAAAGCAAUGCCAAUGAGAAUGUGAUUAUCAUAACAAAGAUACAUAUUUAUGCAGAACUUGCAAAUGCCAAGUUUAUGUUGUAAAGACACAUCUUUAGUACUUUAGAAAUUUGAAAUGUAACAGUAUAAGUGUGAUUGUAAAAACGUUGAACAGAGUAGGGAAGGGUUUAGUUUAGUUUGUUGGAUGAAUCCAAAUUCAGCCGGAUCAUUUGGGAAGUUAAAUUACAAACAUUGUAGCUGUAUUGUAAUAGAUUUAAAUGCACUAUAUUAUGGUUGUAUUUCAAUAUAAUGAAACUGAUUACAUUCUUUAUAUGUGAUUUCUAAUUAACCUACAUUAGUCACACUGAUCUUUUAUACAUUGUAUCACUCAUAUCAAUGUGCCACUAAAUCACCAAACCAAUAUCUAAUAACAGCUAAAAUGUGUUUUGCUUUAACUCCUUAUUUGUAUCAUCCGGUGACAAUGAAGUGUAAAUGUUGAAUGUGGUUGACAGAGAUGGCAUGUGAUUGUACAUAUAAAUAAAGGAUUAGUGAAAUGCAGAACA